ACAGGGAUAUGUACUGUAAUCUAGCUGUUUCAUUACCAUCUAUUUAAUAUAUCCUAAUAACAAUACGGUUCAAUAGAGAGUCGCAGAUAGUAACGAUAUGAAAUGGUCGUGUAAUCAGACCUGAACGACGGACGCUAGGAACACUGAAGACGCGGGACGACAGAAAACAAUGACCAUUGGAAGUGAAUGAGCAUUCACCCAAACGCCAUAACGAAGCCUAUUAAACUUCACAGAGCAAGGGAAAUGAAUGAUUCGAAGAACGAACAGACUGGGAGAGAUGCCUGGUGGAGAGAAAGUCUGAAAGACUCUCCCAACCCAGGUUGCUACCACAUCCGUGGCUUCCUGGAAGAGGCGGCACUGAACCCGGUUCGGCUGACGUAUGGGUUCCAGGGAACAGGCAGGAACGUGCCCCUCCGGUGCGUCCGCAAGGGGGAUCUGCUGCUGCCGGGAGCCUACAGCUACACUGACUCCACCCAGAAGGCCCUUCAAAGGCCGGCUUCCUGCUCCUUCAAGAACUGCCCCCGGCCCGAGAGCUUCACCAUGGGUGUCCGAGACAAGGAUGUAAACAUCUCACCCUGGCACUAUGACUUAAUGGAGAAACCCAUUCCCAAGUCACCCUGCAAACAUGUGAUGUUCCGCUCAAUGGUUCCCCGCCAGACCUUUCUCCCUAGAGAAGGACCGGCACCGGGCCAAUACGAGGUAAAGGAACGACGCACCAGCGCCGUGACUUCCUCCUUCAGGUCUACGGUGCCCCGCCUACACAGCGUGCGCUCCAGGACACCUGGCCCUGGGACGUAUGAGAGAUUCAGGUGGAGGGGCCCACGGCCUGGAACAGAGGGCAGCGCGGAUCGCGCGUACAGCCUUUUCUUCCGCAACGUCUGAGAGACACAUCGUAAGAAGAAGAGGAGACUUCUUCGGUGGAAAAAUGCACAAUGCAAUUCAUCCUCUGCUUUGUUUCCUCACGAUACUCAAACAUAUGUUCGCCUACUGAUUGUGAGCUCAAACGCACCCUCACACGGUCACUCGCUCAACUAUGGUGCUGAGAAAGUUUUUGUAUUUUAAGUGAAAUAAUUAACAAUCAACACACAAACCCUACACAUACCCAAACACGUGCAUCCAUGUACCCACACAUACCCAUACACGUACCCACGUUACUUGCACAGACAUGCAUGAAUACAGAUGUGUAAAAACACACACACACACGCACGAACACGCGCGCACACACACACACACACACACACACACACACACACAAACUUCUGCAAACCUCCAACCAGUCUCUAACCUUUGCAGUCAGUUAAUGUUGCCACAACCUCACAACUUUUAAAAUAUAGCCUUAAACAAAGCAGUCUCGCUCACUCCGCUUUCUAACUAUAUCAUCUUGCGCUCUUCCCACAGCUCUCCUGCAGACUGUUAGACCCCAUUAUUGUCAUUGUCAUAAACCAAUGAAAGAGAACGCCCCUCCUUCACGUAUCUGAGUCUCAGGCAUAAUGCCUCCGGCCGUGGGCUCCGCGAUAAUGUAGUCAGCAAACACAAUCGCGCAUUAGGACAUCAAAAGGCUGUUUGAUCGCGGCAGGGCUACACACGCGUAUUCGACGGGGAAAGCAAGCCGAAGCCAUGAACCAUACAAGACAGAGGUUAAAGAGCUACACUGACUAA